AUCGCCCCCCGUCGAGUCGCGCCCCCUCUCGCGGCGCAUCCAGCCGUGGCGGCGAGAUGCCCCCCCCCGCAGGCCCCCGAAAGUGGGCGGGCAAGCCGCCGCGAGGGCCCCGACCCGGGCCCUCCUCCGACCCCCUCUGACCCACAACGACAUCACCGGGUACAACGAGCACGGCGCCUGCCUCCUGUUCGAGUUCGACCUCGAGGAGGAGGCCACGGAGGCCUCCAGCGAGCGGUCCGCCCCCGUGGAGGGCGGCGCAGACUGGCUGGGCAGGACCGCCGAGGUGGCCAACAAGGUGCUCCACGUCGCCCAGGUGGGCCGCCUCGAGCGCGGCGGCACGCGAAUGGGCGAGUGGAGGCGGGGCGACUUCCGGCGCGGGCUCUGGGUCACGCUGACGGGCCUACCCAGCAUCACCCUCGUGGGCAGGCGCUCGCGGGGCAAGGACGCUGCCACGCGCCCCAGCGUGCUGGACGUCGGGAGGGGCUGGUGGGAGCUGUGCAGGGGGCGUGUCGGCAGGAGGCGGCCGCACAUGGGCGCGCACAGGGUCGACAGCGGCGACGGCGACAGGACACCACCCGGUUGCCGGGAGGCGGGCUUGGAGGGCUUAGGGCGGAUGGUGAUCCCGAUCUCUGACCUCAGCAUCCCCGAGGUCCUGCACGCCGGCGGCACCGUGUACUACCGGAUCCGGGUGUGCGGCUCGGACGACCUGGACCUGGAGUCGCGCGGCAUCCACGACGCCUGGAGCGUGCGGCGCUCCUACGCCGACUUCCUCGGCCUGGCGAAUCGGCUGGGGAGGCAGAGCCGCGAGUGGAGGGACGCGCCGUUCCCCGGGAAGUUCAGCGCCAGGAAGCCCAUCUCGCAGCAGCGGGAGGCCCGCAGGAAGAAGCUGGAGGCGCCAGAGGAAGAAGAACCCAGAUCUCUGGCGAUAUGAUUGUUUCGAACCGGG